AUGUCCUGUCCUAACGAGGAGAAAUUAGGUUGUGUUGUGUCCUUUCUUGACUGUGAGGCUCAUCGUUGGUGGAAUAUAGUUAGGAGAGGUACAGUUACUGAUAGGUUGACUUGGGGAUACUUUCUUGAGGCUUUUAAGAGGAAGUAUAUAGCUCAGCCUAUAGAUAUGUUUGAUGAGUUGGUUGAGAGAACUAAGGCUGUGGAGGAGACCUUAGCUGAAUCACCUCAUUUUUUGGUUACUAAUUCUAGCAAGAAAGCUUCUGAUAGUGUAUUGGGUGAAUCAUCUAAGAGAGGGCGUGAUAGUCAUGUUUUUGGUAGAGGUGCAAGACGUGGGACUCGACCUUGUCAAUCUAGGCAGCAGAGUAGUACUGUAGUUAGUACUAGUGGUUCAGAACAUUUUCUAAAGGAUUCUCCACUUAGGGUUGAGGUUUCACAAACUCGAAGUUCGACACCUGUUACUGUGCUUGCCAGAGAUUUUGGAUCAAUGCUCUCAUAUAUCCUGAGUGAAUUGGCAUAUGAGUUAGAGAUUCCAGUUGAGACUAUUGGUUUAGGUGUGACAGUCAUUAGUUCCUUUGGUGAUAGUGUAGUAGUGAAUAAAGUUUAUCGUAGAUGCCCUUUUAUGAUUCAAGGACAUGUUUUCUCUGUUGAUGUUAUGGAAAUUUCAUUUUAUGAACUUGAUGUGAUACUGGGUAUGGAUUGGUUAACUCAACAUAAGGCUAGAGUUGAGAAGUUGAUGGGUAAAGGAUGGGAGGCCUAUUUGGCUUAUGUGAUGAAUUCUAUUAGUAAGGAGUUAAGAGCUCAGGAUAUUCAUACUGUUAGGGAUUUUCCUGACAUGUUUCCAAAAAAGUUAUCGGGUUUGCCACCGGAUCGAAAAGUGGAGUUUGGAAUUGAGCUUUAUCCUGGUAAAGUUGUGGCUUAUGCUUCAAGGCAGUUGAAGAUGCACGAACGGAACUAUCCAACUCAUGAUUUGGAGUUAGCUGCUGUGGUGUUUGCACUUAAGAAGUAUCAUCCUUACAAGACGAAUGUAGUUGCUGAUUUUUUAAGUAAGAAGUCGAUAGUAGAGCUGAGAGCUAUGUUUACGCCCUUGAGUUUAGCUAGUGAUGAUGGUUUAUAUGCUAAAAUUCAAGUGAGGCCGACUUUGUCACAACUAAUUAAGGAGAAGUCAGAUAGAGAUUUGUUGAAGAGGAUUCGACUGGUUGAGCAAGGUAUUAAAGGAGACUUUAAUGUUGAUAGUGAGGAUUUUGUGACCCCAUGUUUGGUUUGUCAAAAGGUGAAGGCUGAACAUCAGUUUCCUUCGAGUUUAUUGCAACCUAAUGCGAUUCCUGAAUGGAAGUUAGAAAGGAUUACUAUGGAUUUUGUUUCAGGUUUGCCAUUAACCCCUUCAAGGAAAUAUUCGAAGUUGGUAGAGUUGUAUAUUGCUAAAAUCCUUCGUCUUCAUGGGGUUCUAGUUUCAAAUAUUUCUGAUAGGGAUUCGAGUUGGGAAAAUUUUCAUUUUAUGGUUAAGAAGGGUGUCAUUUUGGGGAACAAAAUAUCAAGAAGAGGAAUUGAGAUUGAUAAAGAAAAAGUUGAUGAAGUUGAGAAGCUGCCACCUCCUGUGUUUGUGGAAGGCGCUAGAAGUUUCUUGGGGCAUGCCAGUUUUUAUCGAAGGUUCAUAAAAGACUUCUCAAAGGUUGUGAAGCCAUUCUGUACUCUGUUAGACAAGGAUAUAGAAUUUAGUUUUGAUGAAGUGCAUUUGAAAGCCUUUGAUGAGAUGAAACGAGGGAUAAUUAAGGCACCCAUUAUUGUUACACCAAAUUGA